AUGCUUAACAAUUGGCUUCAAUUAGGACUUGUUAGUGCUUUAGUAUGGUUUCGAUUCUACCCGUCUUCUUUAUUAUUACUUGCAUUGGGGGUUGUUCUUGCAGUUGUUACGUACUUGACGAUUGUGAUAAAGUUACCAUUUCCUCAAACUGAUACAAGACUCAAUCAUUCCAGAUUUAACUUCACAAAAAGGGUCAAAUGGGAGAAGGAGAUUAAAUUACUUAAGAACGGUCUAUCGAAUGAUCUGCAUGCCAUAGUCGUUUCGGAUGACAUUUCAGUGUUGCUAAGUGACCUCUUGGACUUAGUUAUCAAUGAAUUCAUACAAUCCUGGUUUUCCCAAAUAAGUUCGUCUCCAUUGUUUUCACAGGAUGUAAAGUGUGAACUCUCUCACGUUUCGAAAUGUAUCGUUGAAAGAAUUCAAAAGAUUGACUUUGCCAAGCUAAUUACGUUAAAGCUUUUGCCAAUCUUCAACGAUCAUUACCUAUCCUUUGCUCAGGCUCAAAAGUCUUCAAUGAUGGUGAAGGAUACUUCACUUUAUUCUGAUGCUGAAGGUGUGUCAGAAGUGUUGUCUCAUUUCAACAAUGGAAAUUUGCAUGUUGGUGUUACCCUAUCACAAGUAGACAAAAAGGAGAGAAAUUUCCAGGAAAAGGCAUAUUUGAGGGGUCAAAUUAGAAAACUACUAACCAAGACACUUUCGGAUAGAGAGAAUUCAAAUGAAGUAGUUGUAUUGUUUAUUACAGAGGUAUUGGCUUGUACAAUUUUGGACAAUGUCUUCAAUCUUGUUGCUGACCCCGAUUUUCUCAACAUGCAAAUUAUCAAACUCAUUGGGGAUAGUCUAAAGCGAAGGAAUCAAGUAAAAGAACUACGUUCCGCUUUGGAGGAACAUACUAUGACCCACAUCUCAGUAGAUGAUGCAAAAUCCCAAGACCGUGCUAUGGAUCGAAGUGAAGCCGGGUUGAAAGAGAUGUUGACACAAGAAGAAUCAGGAGAUGGUGAGCAAACUGUCAUUCACUUAAAUAAUGAGAUGUUAAAGUCAUCCCAAAAGGAUAAGCUUGUUGUCGUGCUUAAGUCACCAUCGGAACUGAUGGCAUUUGGCCAGUACCUAAAGCUGAAAAAUAAGUUGCAUUUGUUGGACUUCUGGAGAAAGGUGGAGGAAUCAAAGUCGCCAUUGUUGGACAGCUUUCAAGAGUCCGGAGAAUUAAGCAUAACUGAACGAGAAUGUGUGGAAAUUCGAGAAAAGUAUUUCAAUACGGGGCUCAUCAGUAUUGGCAUAGUAGAUUUGGAAAAUUUCAAGAUAUUGGGUGCAGCAGGGUCGUUUGAACACCGGCGUUGUCUUCAAGCUUGCAAAGAUGUAUUGAUGAAGCUACAGGGCAGGAUUUUCCAGUACUUGUUUACCGAGUACUAUUCCAAAUUUUUAUUGUCUGAAGCUUCCAAGUUCAAGAGGAAUAGUACUGUUGGUGAAGGGGAAUCUGUUGUUGACCAAAUCGAAGACAAACUUGCCAAUAUAAUGAGUGAUCCAAAGUAUGACAUGCUUGAGAACUACGCUGAUGGUAUGACGAGUCAGAUAAUUGGUCUGGAGCUCAACGAGAAAGCAGUAUUCAACCGCAAUGAUCGAUAUUCGAGGCUAUUCGAGGAUGAAGAAUCCUCUUCCGAUGACGACGAAGAAUCGGAUGGCUUGGAUACUGACAGUGAUUCUGUUAUAAUGAAGGAAAGCACCGAAAGUAUGGAAUUAGCCGGACCUGGUAAUUUAAAUCUAGCCGAAAAAAUUCCCACUAUUGAAAAGGAAAUUGAAAAUCUUCGACGACAGCUAAUUUAUUUAGAGCCAUUGAUACGCAAAGCUCAAUUAACCAAUAAUCAGUCGAAACUAAAAGUGUUGCUCAAAUCUAAAAAUGGAGUCCAAAGGGAUAUUGCUUUAAAGGAGUUACAGAAACUGCAGUACAUUGUUCAAGAAAGUGAUAAUACUUUGUUUGGAAAGUCAAAAGUUAGUAUUCUGUCGGUAGUGCACGAGAAUGAGAAAGCGAAGGAGUUUGUAUUGUACAUUGUUGAGGUCCAAAAGUUUUCCAGUGAAGAACCAGAUGUCGUUAAAGCUGGUUGGGUGGUUGCCAGGAGGUACAGUCAGUUUCAUAGAUUGCAUGGAUAUUUAAAGCGCCGUUAUCCUCAAGUAUCUAGCUUAAAUUUCCCACAAAAGUCGAUUCUGGUUUUGAAAUUUCAGCAAAAGAAUAUCACCGAGACUAGACGACACCAGCUCGAAGCUUAUUUAAGAGCACUCAUUGAAAUCCCCGAGGUUUGCUCUGACAAGGCAUUUAGAUCGUUUUUAUCGUCUGAAAAUUUCCAAUUGGGCAAACACCAGCGAUUUGACGAACCCAAGAAAUUGUCGGCAUUGUUUGGUUAUAAGUGGUACUUGGGGUCUUCUAAUAACAGGAGUACGAUUAACUGUCAGUACUCAUCUACUGCAACUAGUUCUAAUGGCGGGAUUUUGGAAAAUAGACGUGAGAUGGAGAAGGAAUUACGACAAUUCGAUGAAAAACCCACAAGCAAACCAUUGUUUAUCAAGCCAAUAUGUGACAUUGUCAUAUCAAUUUUCAAUCUCCAUUGGCUCAAGGGCAGGGCACUAGUCGUUAUCCUUCAGCAGUUUUUUGGAACCGCGGUUGAGAAUAAAGUAUAUGAAAUUGUUGAUACUCAUUUCAGUGAAUCCAAUGUUGGUAAUGUGUUGACCAUGUUACGUAACUUGCUAUUCCCGGACGGUAAAUUCAAAUUAGAACCUGAGACGCGAAGUAGGCAGCAGAAAUUACACACCUAUAGAGAAGCAAACCAAUUAUUCGAUACGUUUAUGACCGAAACAUGGUCUAGGAUAUUUGGGAGUGAAAACACCGCCAAUGCCGCCACUACCUUGUUUCUGAUGCUACAGAUAAACCAGUUGAAUAGACAUCUAUUGUUUCAAGUUUUCGAUGAAGUAUUGGAUGAAGUAUAUAAUAAGUGA